AUGUUGAGAAGAAGAUCGUUUAUGCUCACUCUGAAAACAACACUGCAAACAAUAUUUAAAAGACGACAAAGAAUCGGCACCAUCGCCAAACAAGAAUCGCAAAGAAACGUUACUGAAUAUGCCACAUCGAAUACCAUCUUACCACAACCUUCGACUCCACCGGUUGCCAUUCCUAUAACUGAUAUCAUUACUUCUUUACCCAGUUUAUUCCCAAGAUCAUUACAUGACUCAAGAAGGGAUUAUAAUACCUUCACCACCGACAUAGAUUCCUUACAGUUGAAUCUUUUGAAAACCUUGCCUUUUUUCCCCAUGGGAUCAUCGCAAAAGGUUGCAAAAUUAAUUAGGACACCCAUCGAUGACGAGGGCAAUUAUAUAAAUGAGUUUUGUAUCAUGCCGGCUGUGAAGGAUGGUGAUUACUCUUCACCAGACUUGAAGCAUUUAAUUUUCAUUCAUGGAUAUGGUGCUGGUCUUGGGUUUUUUCUUAAGAAUCUGGAAAAUAUUCCAUUACUUGAUAAUAAAUGGUGUAUUCAUGCUAUAGAUCUGCCCGGGUAUGGGUUUUCAUCAAGAUUUAAGUUCCCCUUCCAUUACCCUAACGAUUCUCAAACCAAAGUUCAAAAAUGGUUUCAUGACAGGAUAUACCGUUGGUUUCGUGAAAGAAAUCUUUUACAAAAUCCUCAAAAUAAUUUAGUCAUGGCUCAUUCAUUAGGUGCUUAUUUAAUGGCACAUUAUGCAUUCCAUUUCUCAAACCAUUUUAAAAAAAUUAUUAUGUGUUCACCUGCUGGGGUAUCACAAUUUGCAGUUGGAAAGCAAAACAAACAACCUCCUUGGUGGUAUAAUAAGUUAUGGGAUCUGAAUUAUUCACCCUUUUCCCUUGUAAGAAACUCCGGAAUUUAUGGAUCCAAAAUAACAAGUGGCUGGUCAUACAGAAGAUUCAAGCCCACAUCUUUUAACGGAUUAAAUGAAUCACAAUUUGAAGCACUUCAUAAGUAUACAUAUGGAAUCUUCAAUAAGAAUGGUUCUGGUGAAUAUUUGUUAAGUUUCAUAUUAAGUUGUGGUGGUGAUCCAAGAUUUGCCCUAGAGGAUAAUCUAUUUAAAGAGGAGAACCCCCCUGAAGACUUAUGCGAUUGGGUUUGGGUUUAUGGAGAUAGAGAUUGGAUGGAUAUAAAUGGAGCUCAUCGAAUUUCAAGGAGGUUGGUAAAGAAAGCUGGUGACACAAGUAAGAGCAAAGUUCAUGUCAUUCCGUCAGCAGGACACCAUCUAUAUUUGGAUAAUUACAAGGCCUUCAACAAUUUGAUUAUAAAGGAGAUGGAAACUAUGGGUUAA